ACUCUCUCCCUCGGACUCCUCACCUUCAACCCAUCAUCUAAUUUCCCGCACACACGAGGGGGAUUGCGCUCACGCAUCUUACUUGUACACAAAUACUCUUUAGCCUCAAAAUCCCCAUCUGGGUAUUUUCUUUUUUUGUCUUUUGAUUCGUUCUUCAGGUACUCGAUUCCCAAUUCCCAAUUCCCAAAUCCCAAUUCCCGCCUGUUUCUGAAUUGGAGGAUUUGAAUGAUAUUUUGAUCUGUGUCUUCCUUAGAAUUUCUCCAUUUUUUUUUCUGGGGUUGUGUUUUUAUGAUUCAGGCCAUUUUUGGGUGACUCGUUACUACUUUUUUUUUUUAGCCUUUAGAAUGAUUUUGUCGGGAUAGUUUUUUUGAUUCCUGAUGAUGUAUCUAAUGGGUAUGGGAGAACCGAAGAAUCUGGUUCUUUGAAAGCCAAGAAACUUGGAGUUGCUAUCUGGGUUGAUUAGAAAAUUUUUGGUUUUGUAUUAGGUUUGCGUGAUUGAAUUCCAUGUUUGGGCAAGACUAAGAACUCCAUCGAUUGGUGACAUUCAAAAUGGAUAGCCCUUCCACGACCCCGAGCUCAGCCCCUAAUUCCUCUCCUGUCUCCAAUCCCGGUUCUAAUGACGAAAACCCGCGCGUUAAAUUCCUAUGCAGUUUCUUGGGAAGCAUAAUGCCUCGCCCACAAGAUGGCAAGCUUCGGUAUGUUGGGGGUGAGACAAGGAUUGUGAGUGUUCCGAGGGAUAUUACAUAUGAGGAGUUGAUGCUUAAGAUGAGGGAACUCUAUGAAGGGGCUGCAGUAUUGAAGUACCAGCAGCCAGAUGAGGAUCUUGAUGCUCUUGUGUCUGUUGUCAAUGAUGAUGAUGUGAUUAACAUGAUGGAAGAGUAUGAUAAGGUGGGUUCAGGUGACGGGUUCACUCGACUUAGGAUAUUCUUGUUUUCGCACCCUGAUCAAGAUGGUUCUUUGCCUUUUGUUGAUGGGGAUGAGAGGGAUACUGAGAGGAGAUAUGUAGAUGCUCUUAAUAAUUCAAAUGAAAUGAAUGAUUUUGCUAGACAGCAGCAGCCUGAUUCCCCAGUAAUUAGUGGCAUGGAUGAUAUGCACGGGAUGGAACAUUUUUUGAAUCCAAUGAAUAUUGAAGGUAGUCUUCACACCCAGAGGAGUUGUGAGCCCUUGUCACAAUAUCACCUGCAUCAGCUCACAGUCCCUCAUGCUGGAUCUGGGCAGCAGCAACAAUCUGUAGCUCAAAGGUAUAAUGAAAUGGAAGCUCCCUGGAGUCCUGCUUAUCUUUCCCCCAGGCAUCACGGUCACUUUGAUCCACGACCGGUGGGAGAAUAUCCGUCGUCUCCUUCUCGGUACCGUAUGCCAUUCCCAGAUGUGCCAGAUAAAUAUUUGGAAAGAAUGCCUGAAGAGUAUGCAAGGCAGCAAAUGAGUCACCAGCAUAUGUAUGAACAUCAACCACAGUAUAAUGAGAAUGUUGUCUGGCUGCCAAAUGGAGCAAUUAGUGAAAAGUCGGGUUUCCCGGGUAACAUUUUACAUGGACACGGUGUCCUUGAGGGGAAUAGUUCUUGUGAACACUGCCGGGGAAAUUUCCAUCGGUAUCAAACACCAAUGGAGCAAGGGAAUAUGUUGAAUGGACUUCCCACUGAAUACCCUCAGAAUAGGGAGGCCUUCAUUCAAAAGGCAGAUGCGAAGUUCCAUCAUGGUAUUUUCCCAAAUGAGCAGAAUAUGAAUGAUCAUCGAUCUGCUUAUAAUGAGACACCUCCCCAUGAGCGCGGAUGGAUUAUGCAACAUCAGUUGAACGUGCGGGGGGAUGACACGAGAGCACAUGUCUCUGGGGCUGGAAGAUUGAAUGAUCACUAUAUUGUGGAUGGCUCCGGCUCAAAUUUUCCUCCUGCACAAAGUAAUUUAGCUGAUGGCUACCAUUCAUCGAUGAAUUUUCACGAUGAGGUGUUCCGUGACCAAGUGGUGCCUAGUGGGUCACAUAUGGGUAUCCCUCCUCCUGAAGAACGCGGUGUUGGCUAUAUGAAUAUGCCAUAUGCAUAUGGAGGCGAUCCUCAAUAUCCUCCAAUGGCACACAGGCAUAUGCCUGGAAAUUCCUUGUGGAGAAAUGUUCAGAACCCAGUACAUGUUGCUACCCCUUACGAAGCAUCCAUGUCCCUUCAGCAAGGGAAUACUCCUGUUAAUCCAGGAUAUAUCAGGGGUAUGCAGGAGGGUAGUCCACGGGUCCAUAUCGGUAUGGACCACCAAAAUCCUUGGCAUGAGUCCUCACAAAAAUUGCUGGGUAUUGAGGGAGCCACUGGUUCAGAGCAUGUACCUGCACAUGCUUUGAAUACUAACUCAACCGCUGUUGGCCAUGACAAUCAGCGCUUCUCGAGCAUUGAACGAAUUCAACCACAGCUGGAUAAGAUAAACCUUGUCACCUCUCCUGAGGUUCUCCAGAGGUCUAAUUCAGCUUCAGUGUUUAUGCAUGAUAAAUUGGUUGCACCUUUUCCUUCUAGCCAAAAUCCACUACCAAGGGCUGUUAGUGGGGUCAAUGAAGCUAUGACGAUGGAAGGAAAAAUUUUGCAUGGAGAAGGAAACGGACACGUGAUAACCGAUGUUGGGAGAGUCAACAUCGAUGCACACGGUGUUUCUCAUCCAGAGCAGAAUAACACUGAUGAUACAUAUUCCAAGGUUGCACUCCCUGAGUCGUUAAAUUCAAAUGGCAUGAACACUCCAGUUGAGAAUGGUGAUGGCUUGAAACCAGCUGAAGAUCCUCAACUUUCUGUUAAUCGCCUGAGAUUCUUACCCGAGUUGAUUGCAUCUGUGAAGAGAGCAGCAUUAGAAGUAUCUGAAGAUGCAAUAAUUGAAGAAACCGCCCUAGCAAGGCCUGAUUCAAUGGAAAAAAAGGAAACCGAAAAUGAGCCCGACUCCUUGAAUGCCCAUGGGGAACCCGAGUUGGAUACUGAUAAUGACCAUCAAAGCUCCAGAAUUGAGCCAACAAAGGCUGAAGCAGAAGCCAUUUCAAGGGGAUUACAAACAAUUAAAAAUGACGAUCUGGAGGAGAUUCGUGAAUUAGGGUCUGGGACUUAUGGUGCUGUUUAUCAUGGGAAAUGGAGAGGUUCUGAUGUUGCCAUCAAGAGGAUCAAAGCUAGCUGUUUUGCUGGGCGGCCAUCGGAAAGGGAACGUUUGAUUGCGGAUUUUUGGAAGGAAGCUUUGAUAUUAAGUUCUUUACACCAUCCAAAUGUUGUUUCCUUCUAUGGAAUUGUCCGUGAUGGUCCUGAUGGGUCCUUAGCAACAGUGACUGAGUUCAUGGUAAAUGGAUCAUUGAAACAGUUUUUGCACAAGAAGGACAGGACCAUUGAUCGUCGGAAAAGACUCAUUAUAGCUAUGGAUGCUGCAUUCGGGAUGGAAUAUUUGCAUGGGAAGAAUAUUGUACAUUUUGAUUUGAAAUGUGAAAAUCUUUUAGUGAAUAUGAGAGAUCCACAGAGGCCUGUUUGCAAGAUCGGGGAUUUGGGAUUGUCAAAGGUAAGACAACACACAUUAGUAUCAGGAGGCGUUCGUGGAACUCUGCCAUGGAUGGCACCGGAGCUUCUUAGUGGGAAAAGUAACAUGGUGACAGAGAAGAUUGAUGUUUACUCAUUCGGGAUUGUUAUGUGGGAACUGCUUACUGGUGAUGAACCGUAUGCGGAUAUGCAUUGUGCUUCCAUAAUCGGAGGGAUUGUAAAUAAUUCUUUACGUCCAGAAAUCCCGACAUGGUGCGACCCUGAAUGGAAGGCUUUAAUGUCAAGCUGUUGGGACUCUGAACCAGCUAUGAGACCAUCAUUUUCAGAAAUUUCUCAGAAGCUAAGGAAUAUGGCAGCGGCAAUGAAUGUGAAAUAGUUGUAAAUCUUGAAUACUAUGUAUCCGUUCACUCUUCCAUUCAUAAGCUAAGCCAAGAGUUGGAAAGAGAUGAAAAUUUUUAAAAAAAUGAAGCAUAAUUUUUGCAAUUUUAAGGCCACUUGCUGGUUCUCAAUGUGUAAGAAGGCUAUUAGAUGUGAUGUUAUGCCCUUGUAGAAUCCUUUUCUUGGGCCUAUUACUUAUAGAGUAAGGUUUUAUGUGCUCUAGACUGCAUUGCUGGGAGACUACAAGUACAGCUACAAAGGAGACCCGUGAUAGGCAAUGGGAUUUGAUUCUUUGGCUCAGGAUUUCACUUGGGAUUCUGCCGUUGGAUGCGUAUGGUAUGACACAAUACUAAAAUAUAUUGAUUCUGCUAUAAUAUCUGCUGGAAGACCUGUUUUUUGUUUUCACUUCUGUAUUGGGAGUAUAUAUGUAAAUAAAAGAGAGUUGGGAGAGAGAGAGAAGGGGGGAUGAUGCAACUGAAAAGGCACACAUCUUUGGGAAAGGGAAAGGGGAAGGUACUGUUACAAGCCUACAAUGUACUUCCAUAUUUGAGAUGAAACUGAAUUAAAUUUUUUAUACAUAUAAGUUUUGGGAAGUAGA